AUGAAAAUCUUGAUUUUUAUGAUUAUUUUUGUUGUUUCAAAAGGUCUUGAACCAAUUGAAGUGGCAACUGAAGAAAAUGGAUGGAAAACGUCCCGUGUUCGGAUUGCACGAAGUUUAGAUAAAGAAGAGUUGAAUAAUACAGUUGAAGAUAAAUACGAUAGAUUUAAUAGAAAUGAAAAUUCGUAUGAUGAUGCAACAUUAAGGUCACGUGUUUACGAAAAAGAAAUGGCUGAAAGAGACAAAUCACAAAUUACAGCUAGAGAUGAAUAUCGUAAAAGAGCAAAUUUAUACAAUGAGAAAUGGAGGAAAACAAAUGUCAAUGGUCAUUGGAGUGGAAAACAUUUUGAUAAUAACAGAGAUAAUUUCAAAGAAAAUACAAAUCGUUUAACUUCAAGUGGAAUUGAUGUUAGAAAAGAUUCAGGAAUUUCUAUGAACCCUUCUUCAUCAAAACCAAGUCCCCAAUUCGCACAACCUUCAUUAGCAUCUCAAUCAAAAAGUAUUAGCGAGAUUACUGCUGAGAGACAGGCUGCUAAAACUAAUCCUACUAAUAGCCAAAGUACUAAUUCGUUAAAUAACACUGGUAAUACUAAUAAUAAUCCUAACCAAUUAUCUAAUACAACAAACAAUACUAAUCUCAAUAAUAGUACACAAUUAAACAACAAUGGAACACAACUAAAUAAUGGAACACAAUUAAAUAAUGGAACACAAUUAAACAACAAUGGAACACAAUUAAAUAAUAGUACACAAUUAAAUAAUAAUACUACACAGCUAAAUAAAAAUGCUACACAAUUAAACAGCAAUGGAACACAACUAAAUAAUUCAAAAAGAUCGAGCAAUAUUAUGCAAUCAAAAGGUACAACUAAUUUAACUAACUCAAGUCUAUUAAAUAAUUCCUCAAAUAAAAUUUCUUCUAGCGGAAAUGGAAAUGUAAAAAAUAACAACAAGGGAUCUGUAAAUAGUAAUAGUAUUGGUAUGAAUAAUAUUCAAGGAUCUAACGCUUCCCCAUUUGGAGGAAAUGCUAAUAAUAAAGUGAAUGGAAAAUACAACAGUGACUCAAAUCAAAACAAAAGUCCUGGUGGUCUUAUUAAUGAAUUUAAUAAAAAUAAUCCGACCAACACUAUUCCUAGAGAUAAACAAAAAGAAACUAAUGAAUUAAAUAAAAACAACCAAGAGAGUAGUGGAAAAGGAACAAGUAAAAACUACUCAAAUAGUCAAAAUGGAAACAAUAAGUAUAACAAUGAACAGAGCAAUUCUAAUAUAAAGAAUAAUGAAAAAUAUAAUACUCAGUUAUCAAAUAAUCAUUAUAGAACUCAGGACAAAAAAAAUACAAAUGACAACAACAAAAACGAAAUGGACCCAAACAAUAACCCUGUUAUAAAUGAAAUUGACAGUAUCAUCAAACAAAAUGCUCAAACAAAUAAUGAGAAUGUUAGAAUGAUGAAACGUGUGAAAAAAGAUUUGGAAAAAGAAACUGAAAAAACUAGAGCUAAACACAAAAGAUCAGAAGAAUGGAAAAAAACUCAAAAGUUAUUGGGAAAGACAAAUCAACUUAUAGGAACAAUAAACAAAAUGGAAGACGAAAAGAGUAAAACUAAAAAACAACAAAACGAAGAAAUAGUACCAAUUCUUUAUAAAAAUAAUGGUCCACACGCAAAUGAUCCAAAAUAUAAAUCUGGAUAUAAUAAUCAAUUAAGACAUGCUCAUGACAACCAAAACGAAAACAAUGAACGGGCAGAUAAACUUUAUGAGGAAUAUCAAAGAAAAUACUUCCCAUACCGAAAGGCUCAUAAAAGAGUAAGGGGAUGGGUUAAUAAUGCACCAAGAAGUAAAUAUAGACCUAAACCAAUCUAUUAUAGAAAAUAUAAAAGAGUAGUAAAACAAGUAAAGCCAGUUCAACACGACUAUUAUAAAGACGAAUAUAAUCCAAGAAUUGACCCUAAGAUGACAUCAUUUUUAAAUGAUGAUAGCUGGAAGAAAAGAAUAGAUAUGGAGUGGAAAAGAAAAAUUUCUCAAAAAUUCCAAACAAAUGAACAUGAAGAAAUAAAAAAAGAUAUUCACACAUUAGAGAUAGAAGAAAAAAAAGCAUUAAAUGAAAUUAAAAAGAAAAUGAAACAAGCUGAAAAAGAAAUUGAAAUUAGAAGUGUUGCAUUAAGAAAACAAUUAAUGAAAGAAAGAGAACAAAAUGAAUUAAAACUACAACGUAUGUUAAAUAAGAAAGCAAAAGAAUUUGCUGUUCAACGUAAUGAAUUAAAAAAAGAAUUUAAGAAAACAAUGUUAAAGGCAUUUAAAAAAGUACAAAUGAAUUACAUCCAAAAUGAACCAAAUUUUGUUGAUUAUGCAAAAGAAAUUAAAACGUUAAAACUUUUAUCUUCAAAGGUAUUGAAAAACUUAAAAAAUGAAGAAGAAGAACAACCUAUUUCAUUAAUAAUUUAA